AUGUGUCAAGUGACGGGAGAAGGUCAUAUGACACAACCAUGGCGGACACCGGAGACUCGGCUACGAAACUUGACAGUGGUGCGAUAUAUCGCGAUGUUUCUCAAACAACGGUAUGUGCACUGAGGCUGUUUGGUGUGAUUGUUGCACUCAUGGUGGUAAUUUCCUUUAUACUGGCCUUGGUACAAGGAAUGGACAACCCAACAUUCUACUUGCUGGCCUGCAAUGUUGUCAUCAGCAGUUUUGUGGCAGUGGUCUUGAUUUGGUGGUACAGGGGAGGAGAUUUGCAAGCUGACAAGUACUGGUUGCUUAUAUUGCUGGGGUGUGUCAUUGCCAUACAGUCCAUCACCACGGAUGUCUAUGUCUUUCAUGUGAUUCCAGUGCCUCAAGACCUUACAACCACCUCACUGGCACCCAACAUGAGCUCAAUAUUCACAACUCUCAACACCACUAACAAAUCUAUAGACUUUCCCUUUACUCAGCCAGCCAGUCCGUCACCAAUUAAACUAACUGCCAUAGGCAAUGAGGGGUUGUAGGAAAAUGUUCAUACCAAUUUCAUGAGCUGAUAAGAUCCAUAAUCAUUAAAUUUUUGUUAUGAGAACAAAGGAAAUACCCCCCAAAAUAAAAAAAAACUGACUGUUUAAUUCAUUUCACUAUUAUUAUCUCGAAUGCUGAACUUUUAUUCUUUAUUUCUUUGUUUCAUAAAUCCUUUAAGAAAAGAAUUGUUUUUUUUUUGUUACAUAUGACAUACAUGUAUUCUUAUAUCAAUUCUUGUAUUAAGAUUCCAUGUGUUUUAAUUUGCUUGUAAAAUUUGUUUUCUAAGCAGUAUGUGUUUUUCUCCCAUACAAGGAACCAACAAACUUAAAAGAGCAAAUGUUUUGUCACAGAGCUGAAUGUGUCACUACCCAGCAUGAUGAAUGUGACUGAGUGUUUUUUUUUAAUCUGAUUGAGAUUACGAGAUUGUUUCCUAUGUUAAAGGUGAAUGGGUAAGAUAGUCAGAGCAUAUAUCAACUCAUUUGUUUGCCAAAAAAUCAAAAAUAUCAAAUACAUGGAUGAAUGUCUAUAUUUUAAGACUGCUUGUACAAUUUGUUACUUUUUGUAUAUUUCAUUUAUUUGAUACUAAGUAUCAGUUAACUUUUUAGACGUUCCUGAAAACAUUGUUUAUUACCAUAGUACUUCAAAUCUACAUUUGACAUUUGUUGGAAGGAGCCUGUUUUCGAAUUUUCAUAUUUUUCGUAUCAUUUUGUUAAUGUAAAUUAAAUUUUGAUGUAAAAAUGCAGAUAUCAGCUAAAAGUAUACGAGGCAUAAGUGCAUUCUAUAUGUGUAAAUGGCAUAUUUAUUUUAAUAUAGUACCCAUAUUUUGAAACAUUUUGUACAAAUCAUUAUUUUACAAUUCUUUCCAAACAUGACCGGUAAUAAACCAUGAUG